AUGUCAUCCAUCUCAAUCGCAACGCUCCCCCGCAUGGGCCGUGAUGCCCUAGCGGCCCUACUUCGAACGGAACCAACCAACCUAGCCAUCGUUGAUGUCCGAGACUCAGAUCAUAUUGGCGGCCAUAUCCGCUUAUCAACUUGGGUACCCAGCUCAACACUGGAUGUACGCAUGCCCGAGCUCAUCCGCACUCUCAAAGACAAGCAGAUGGUUGUCUUCCACUGUGCACUCAGUCAGCAGCGUGGUCCAUCUGCUGCUCUCCGAUACGCGCGCGAGCGUGAGAGCGCACUCGGUGUCGAGGAGAGCCAAAAGCAGCAGGUAUUUAUCCUCGAUGGUGGAUUCGUGGAAUGGCAGCAGAAGUAUGGCAAUGAUGCUAAGGUGACUGAUGCUUAUGCUGCUGAUGUUUGGGAAGAAUAUUGA